AUGGCGACUAAUCGAGUGUUAAGUCUCUUCGUGUUUCUCUUUAUUUUCGGCUUGGAGGUAAGCACCUUGGCCUGGUGUUAUUGCCAGGCGAUCCAAGAAGUAAACAGAAAUAACUUUGGCGAACUUGAAAGAAGAGUGAACUUGCCGUUGUAUGUGCAAAAUGACUAUAUCGCUGAUAGAACUGUGAUCAGCGAAGCAAAUUAUUACUGUUCUUUGCAAAAAGUGUUUGCUUGGUGCUAUGUUUGGCCGCUUGGGGAAGUUGAUACUAGGUAUACCAGAAAUUAUAGAUUUGGUUUUGCUCUCUCUUAUGCUAUACAGUCAACUAAAGAAAAGUAUUUGGAUCGACUUCGUGGUUUUGGUUCAACGGCAUUUAAAAAGUUUUAUCCUUCAGGGAUAUGCGAUAUCUGCAUUGCAAAUUAUCUUGAGCUACCUAAGCAAAUCUACAAUUACUAUUAUCGACAAAACAUCCCUAUAAUGGUGGGAGUUCGUAGCAACAGAAAAUGGUCUCAUUCGAGAGUUACCUAUUAUAAUAAUUCGAUAGCUACUUUCCAUCUAUUAUUAAGAAGCGGUGAUGUAGAGGAGAAUCCUGGCCCUCAAAGCAACACUAAACAAAAGGCUCCCCGCUGCGUCGAGUGUGAGAAACCAGUUGCCAAGAACCAUAAGCGAACUCUCUGUGCUGAAUGUUUUGAUAUAAGACAUGCAAAAUGCACAAGAUUCUUAGAUCCAAAAGCAGUCUCUUCUAUAGCACCUGUUGAUUGGACUUGCCUCAAGUGUACAUUUAAUGCAUUACCUUUUUCCUCAUAUGAUCUGAACGAUACAGAAACUGAAGCUGGUGAACAAUAUUCCUCUACUACCCUCAACACUUCUGAUAUCUGUUCUAUUUUAAAUCGACAUCCUAAACACUUGAAAAUUAUGCACUUAAACACUCAGAGUAUGGUAUCAACUUUUAAUGAAUUUUUACUUGCAGUAUCUCAGUAUUCAUUUGAUGUAUUUACUUUAAGUGAAACCUGGUUGAAAAACAAUCCCUACCUAUUGGAAUAUGUUUCAAUACCCGGUUACUCGGCUGUUUUUCGAAAUCGUGAUGCUAUAAAGGGUGGCGGUGUAGGGGCCUACAUUCGUGAGUCACUACAUUUUAAGCGUAGAGAGGACAUUGAAAAGUUGCAACCUGAUUUUGAACAUCUUUGGCUUGAGUUUCCAGGAAGAAACAGACACAGCAAAACUCUUGUUGGUAUUUUUUACCGUUCAACUCGUAUGCUUAAUACCCGAGAAUGGCUCGACCGCAUGGAAACUCUGCUUGGUUACAUAAAUACAACUUGGAAUGGCCUAUUAUUAAUUACCGGAGAUAUGAACAUAGACAUGCUAACUCCAACUAAUGCUGUUACGAAAGAAUAUCAAUCACUCCUCGACAUGUUUGAUCUUCACCAGAUGAUUAAAGAACCAACCAGAACUACCCGUAUGUCACAAACAAUUAUUGACCAUAUUGUCGUAAACUCACCAUCAAGUGUUACGGCAUCUGGUGUAAUCCCUUGUUCUAUUGUUAGUGACCAUGAUGGGGUCUAUGCCUGUAUUAAUACUAGAGUUCCACAAUUUAAACCAAGAUAUAAAUACAUCAGGAACACAAGAUCCUUUGACAGAUCUGCUUUCAUUAAUGACUUUCACACCAUCCCUUUUUCCGUGGCUGAAUCUUUUGAUAAUCCUGAUGAUCAGCUACAAACUAUCAAUAAAUUGUUAAAUGAAUGCCUAGAACGGCAUAGUCCUCUUAUUAGAACUCGCAUUACUCGCCCUCCUGCUCCUUGGAUGAGAACGCCCAAUAUUGAAAAUUUAAAACUACAGAGGGAUAAACUACGAGAGGAAGCACACUCGACAAAAUCGGAAGAGUCGUGGCGUUCGUAUAGAUCCGUAAGGAACGCAUUAAAAGUUGAAAUACGUUCAGCACGCAAAUCUUUUAUGGAAAAUGCAUUAUCAUCUCGUAAUUCACGAGACGUUUGGAAAAUUAUACAUCGUAUCUUGAAACCAAAUCCAAAGCCUUUGCGUGUUGACCUUGAUGACCUCAAUCAACAUUUUGUAACGACAGCACACCGUACUACUGGUUGCCAACCCGUGGAAGAACAUGAGCUUCUUGAAAUGAUUGACAAUUUACCUGAUGAUAUGAAUGAUUUUUUUAAACUUAGUCAAGUCUCGAUAAAUGAAGUAACGAAUAUUAUCAAAACACUUCGAUCUGAUUCAUCGACUGGACCUGACUGCAUACCUAUUAAUUAUGUUAAGAUGGUUAGUGAAGAUAUUGCUGUACCCAUCACGAAUCUUAUUAACAAAUGUAUUAGGGACUCUUGUUUUCCCAAAGCUUGGAAAAUUGCAAGGGUAUCUCCCAUUCCAAAGGUGAAUAAUCCAGUGGUGAAUGACCAGCUACGACCGAUAUCGAUUUUACCAGCGCUCUCUAAGGUCUUCGAGAAAGCCGUUGCCCUCCAGAUAAUUGAUUAUGUUGAAAAGUAUACUGUAUUAAACGAAAAAGUUACUGGUUUUCGUAAAGGUCAUUCUACCAUCACGACCUUAAUUGGUAUUAAGGACGACAUAAUCCGUGCUAUGAGAAAACGUGAAAUUACCUUGAUGGUAUUAGCGGACUAUUCAAAGGCCUUUGACACUGUUAGCUUCAAAUCGAUGAUUACCAAAAUGCGUAAAUUGAAUUUCUCUAAGUCCUUCCUUGUGUGGAUACUCAACUAUAUGUCAAAUUGUGAACAGUUUGUUUAG